UCCUCCACAGACGAUUACCAGCCUGUUGGGUCUAGUCCAUACUCCCAGGAGAUGUAUCCUCCCCAGAAUAGAGAUGGUCAAGAUUCCUGUGAUGACUAUGGCGCAUCAGUGUGUUCCGAGCCAUUGUCUGCUCCAUCGGGAGCAUCAUGUGACCCCUAUCACUCUAUGAGCUCAAGCUCUGUGGUGGACUGCUGUGGCACAUCAUCGCAGCAAUACUGUCCUCCUGCACAACAGUAUUGCCCUCCCGUCCAAAAGUACUGUCCUCCUGCCCAAAAGUACUGCCCUCCUGUACAAAAAUACUGCCCACCCCAGCAGAAAUAUUGUCCCCCGGCCCAAAAGUACUGCCCUCCAGUCCAAAAAUGCUGCCCGCCUCAGCAGAAAUAUUGUCCUCCGGCCCAAAAGUACUGCCCUCCAGUCCAACAGUACUGCCCACCCCAGCAGAAAUAUUGCCCCCCGGCCCAAAAGUACUGCCCUCCAGUCCAAAAAUGCUGCCCACCCCAGCAGAAAUAUUGUCCCCCGGCCCAAAAGUACUGCCCUCCAGUCCAACAGUACUGCCCGCCCCAGCAGAAAUAUUGUCCCCCGGCCCAAAAGUACUGCCCUCCAGUCCAAAAUUGCUGCCCGCCCCAGCAAAAAUAUUGCCCUCCUGUGCAACAGUGCUGCCCUCCGGUUCAGAAAUGCUACCCACCCAAGCAGAAGUACUGCCCUCCCGUCCAACGGUACUGCCCUCCAGUCCAACAGUACUGCCCUCCAGUCCAGACAUACUGCCCACCGCCUCAGCAGACCUACACACCGGUUCGAGAGCCCGAGAUCUGCCAAAUACAGCAAGUCUGCCAAGCUCCACCACAUCUUCUGAAGAAGUAGCUACGGAUAUAGAUAAAGGCAAACGGGCUCACGAGGACAUUUGUCAUCCGUCUAGAAAUGUUGUUCCUUUCCUUCCUUCUUGUGGUCCCCACGA